CAUGACAAGAAAAGCACAGCUCUAAAUAAUGACAUUAAUAAUUAUAAGUUCUCCAUUUAGGUGAGACAGCGCCAGGGAUCUGGUAUUGUGCAUACUGGCUUAAUGAAAAGCUUACUGGGACACAGAAGCCCUGCCAAGCCUUCACUGAACAAGCAUGGGCCUUUAUUUUGAAGUCAGAGAACUCUUGUCUUGAAUCCUCUUAACAGAUAAGCCUUUCAGAAGCAAACUCUUCAGUUGCCAUGAUGGGAGUCAGAGGUGGACUGUAUUACACUGUAAAUAAAUACAACCUCAAAGCUGUGUGAUAGAUACCAUGCUGUCACAAUGGCACAGGAAAACCAGAGAUUCAGACGAGGAUGACGAUGAUGACAGUGAGAGUGAAUCAAGUGGACGACAUGUGUCAUCUUUCACCACUAUUUUCAGCAGUUUAAUUCCAGGUUUUCUUCGAGACUUGGGGUUUCUCCGAAGCGUUCACAGCAUGUUGUCGUUCCCUGCGCCGGGCUCCCAGCAGCGGGUCGGUCCGUCAGGACAGUCCGGGAGGAACAAGGUGGCCUUGAAGCCAGGCCACAGUCUGAUGGACUGGAUCCGGUUUUCAAAGAGUGGAAAAGAUCUGACCGGGCUCAGAGGGCGUCUGAUUGAAGUUACCCAGGAAGAGCUGCAGAAACACAACAAAAGAGAGGACUGCUGGACGUGUAUACGAGGCAUGGUUUACAAUGUCACCCCCUACAUGGACUACCACCCUGGAGGAGAAGAGGAGCUGAUGAAGGCAGCUGGGAUAGAUGGCACUGAACUCUUUGACCAGGUCCAUCGGUGGGUAAACUACGAGUCCAUGUUGAAAGAAUGCCUGGUGGGCAGGAUGGCCACUACGACCACCACAGCAGUCAAAGCUAUGGUCCCACCUCCACCGCCGACUAGCCUCGCCCCCCCUACCUCAGUGGCUCCGCCCCCAGACAAAGACUCCCGACCUCGGUACGACUGGUUCCAAACUGAUGCCACUGUUCAUCUGGUUGUUUACACCAAAAGGAAGAUACCCAGCUCAGGCUGUACCGUUGCUGACCUCGAGGCCAAUGUCUUACGACUGGAAGUGCUGCUGGGAAAAAUGUCCUACAUGGUUCAUUUACGUCUGACUGAAGAAGUUGAGGGAAAUGUUGCUGUUCACACUGCUUUCGCCGUGGGAAAGAUUCAGGUCACCAUACGCAAGCAGGUUAAAGGAAAAUGGGCAAGUCUCGGUCAGCCACAGGAAUUCCACAAUACGUUUGCACGCAAAAAAGACAGAGCCCUCUACUAUCGGGAUUGCGUGUUGGUGUCUAAGACUGAGGUGAACCAUAACACUCAUGUGUUCAGAUUGCAACUUCCACGUGGGACCGUCCUGCAUGUGCCUGUUGGAAAACAUGUCUACCUCAAAGCACUUAUUCAAGACACAGAGGUCGUGAGGCCUUACACUCCAGUGGACCAGAAUCUUGCAGCAGUUUCCCAUCACUCCUCACAGGAAUCAGACCUGUACCUCAUGAUCAAAGUCUACCCUGACGGAGUGUUAACCCCACAUCUCAACAGUCUGCACAUCGGUGACCACAUAUCUGUUAGCGGUCCAGAGGGUACCUUUAGUCCCCGCCCCCUUCGUGAUGUCACAGUCCUCUACCUGUUGGCAGCAGGCACAGGUUUCACGCCCAUGGCUCGCCUCAUCCGACUGGCCCUGCAGGAUAAUGACAGCAUCAGAAAAACCAAGCUGCUCUUUUUUAACCGACGGGAGGAGGACAUUCUGUGGCGCUGUCAACUGGAUGCAUUAGCUGCUAAUGAUGAGAGGUUUCAGGUGGAGUACGUCCUCUCUGAGCCCUGUGAAAGCUGGACGGGCAGGAAGGGCCGGGUGGAUGAGUCCAUGCUCAAGGAUUUCCUCAACAGGCCAGAUGGGUCCAAAUGUUAUGUGUGUGUGUGUGGCCCCACUGCCUUUACAGAGCUAACAACAGGGUUAGUGAAGCAGCAGGGCUUCAGUGAAGAGGAGCUCCACGCCUUCCAGGGCUGAUGAGAUCUGCCUUGACUCAACCCUACAAAGACUGUGUGUGCCUGUGAGUGCGUGUUUGUGAGAAAUGAAAGGAACAUUGUAUUUCUAUGCAUCAAGGACCUGAUGAUGCUGACAACAAACAAAACAACACACCCCAGGUAUGAGUCAUUCCUGAGUGCGCAACAGGAACAUUUUAAGCACAGAAUAAGAUUUUUUUGCAAGCCAGGGAAAUAAGUUUUGUAGAGAUGUUAUCACACAAAUAACAUUUUAAUUUGAGCAAAUAAAACUCUCUUCUGUGCUCAAUACAUUCCUUGAGCAGACACACUGACAGAGAGGAAAUAAGCAAAAUAGAAUGAAAGAUAUCAUCAUUGUGCACUUACAUGGAUCUUAGCAAACACACAAAUACAUUUAUUGAAAUACAUUUUUUGCUCAAAUUAGAUUUUUCUUUGCGUAAUACUAAUUUCUCUACAAAAUAUAAUCUAGUUGCUUGCAAAAAAAUUUUUUUUCUGUGCUCAAAAUGUCUCAUCAUGUUAUCAGCAAUACGGCACAAAUAUAACUCCAUACCCAGAAUUUUACAAGCUGGAAAGAAAAUGACAAACCUCACAGUGCAGUAAGAUUCUUACAACUCUAGACACUUAAGUCAGUGUCUGGGGCAAAGUUAAUAGAGUUCAUGUAAACUAUGAGUUGAAACAUUGUAAAGGUGUGUAAAAAUUAAAGCAGAAAAACAUACAGAGACAAAAAGAAAUGAGAUUAUGUAAACUGAAGUAUAUGCAAUACAAAGAGAAUUAACAUGAGCCUUGAAGUGCGUAGAAGAGGAGUGAGGAGUGGAGAGUUUGAGCCACUGCAGUGAAAUAAAAUGCAUUAAACGGUUGGACCAAUCCUGAAAGGUUAGUCUCCUAUUCACUAAGACUGGGGCAAUUUUCAUUAGCACUCCUCUGAUUAGAGUCUUGAGUCACCCCAGUUUAAUUCUGAGUCAUCAUGCUGACUUGUUUUAGCCUUUAAAGGGUAACUACACACAGACUGAAAACCUGCUUUCUGCUGCCUUAGACAUUCAAAACUUGCUGCAACAGAAAGGAAAUACUGAUGUUACAUGAUGUAUGUCAUGUUUCAGUAUGUGAUUGUACUAGUACUGUAAACAAUGCAAAAAGAUUUCAUAGUUAGCUAACAGGAGACACAUUCAGGACACACAAAUUCAACAUGGUAUACGUUGGAAGUAGUGCAGCACACUGGAAAACAUUACAGCUCAGCCUGCUCCUGCACAGCAAGCAAUCCCCCAAUUUAAAAACAAAUGAGCUCCUGGCCUGUUUCACAAAAGCCCAGCUGGAUGUUCUAAUGUCUGAGCAACAUCCUGUGGUGCACUGAGACAUAGCAUCAGUGAUGCCACCUAGAGAGACACUGUUGACCCAGCCAUGGUUGAUCACACACCACCUUGUGUCCCUGCAGCACUACACCACACAUCACUCCUUCUGAUCCAGAGCUCACUUGACGGCAAGCAUGUCAGCACCUCUCAUCUCACUCUUGCCCCUGGAUGGCUGGAUGGACACAUCAAGGCGCAUUAUACAGAGUCUGGAUGAUGAACUUGAUGAGCUGGAGUUUUACCAAUCGGCUAUUAGACCACAAAAACGUUCCCAUCCAGUUUCCUGAUGCCAUCCUGGUGGUACGAGCCUCAUCAAUGCCUGGCCACACCUUCUGGACCAGUUGGUAUAUGUCCCUGCUCUGAGCUUGUCCUAGCUAAUGGUCUCAUAAGUACACCUCCUCAUGAACAGGUGACAGUCAUCAGGCUGAAACAAGCAAUUUAGGGCAAGUUCAGGCAGUUAAGAGAGUUUGUUUCAUCUAAUUGCUUUGUGCAAGAACAAAUAUAAGAGAAAAAUAAGAAAA